GGAUGUCGUGGAGGCGGGGAGAAGGCGGCGCGGGAGCAAAGGUGAACCCGGUGUCGAGAGUCUGUCUGUUACCGGCCGCUCGCAGGUGAUAAACCCAAGCAACUUCCUGCACUAUGUCGAUUGGGCUGAGACAGCUGUGCCAUCUGUGGCCGGCUCUCUAUAACACUCUGCCCGCUCUCGGGCAAUUCCCAGCAGUGAGACGAGCAAGGCCUUUGGCGCUGCUGACCAGCUGUAGCCAGUGCUGGGCUCUACAAGCACCACAGAGUCGGCAGUUUGCUACCAAGAAAACCAAAGCUAAAGGGAAAGGACAGCCACAAGCUCGAGUCAACAUCAACGCUGCUUUAGUGGAUGACAUCAUCAACCUCAACGAACUGAAAGAAGAAAUGCUACAAAUCGUAGAGAAACUCCAAGAUGACUACGGGAAGAAUCUCAGUAUAAGAACUUCACCAGGUGCAUUAGAUCAUAUAACAGUUACCAUUCAGGAUGGAAAGUUUCCAUUAAACCAACUGGCGCAAAUCUCUCUGAAGUCGCCUCAACUCAUCCUCGUAAACAUGGCCAGUUCCCCAGAGGCGACAGAGGCUGCCACCAAGGCCAUCAGGGAAUGUGGAAUGAACCUGAACCCAGAAGUGGAUGGGAGUCUGAUCAGGGUGCCAAUCCCUAAAGUGACCAGAGAGCACAGGGAAAGCCUUGGGAAGCUCGCUAAACAGCUCACAAAUAAGGCAAAGGAUUCACUAAGGAAAGUACGGGGAAAUGCCAUUACCCGCGUGAAAAAAACCAAAGACUUCGUCUCUGAAGAUACAAUCAGGCUAAUAGAAAAACAGAUUCAGCAAAUGGCAGACGACAUUGCCUCCGACAUGGACAAACAGCUGGUGGCGAAAACCAAAGAGCUGUUAGGAUGAUCCAAGAUGGGACGCUGCUUUUCUCCUUCAUCUCCUCCCCUCCUCUCGUAAGUCUUGCGUCAAGACUGAUGUACCCAACGAGAGUGGGCAGGAGGAGGCUGUUCGACCAACGGGGACAUCACAACCGAGCCAGACUCAAUCCACACACGCACACCCACAGCAAGGCGCGCUAUUGGGUUGUGCCCAAGAUUGAUGGCCUCGGAUGUUUUCCUUCCUCCUUAUGCACUAGAGAUGAGCCUUUGCAAAGCAAUCCCACUGCAGAGAUGGAACCAGAGCGUCUUACUGCUUUACAUGUCUCAGUAUUAUCACAUGGUGAAUUUACCCACUAGAAGAUAGCUGGGGCUUCAAAUGGACUGAAUGCAUUUUACAUUGUGCACCGAUCAUGGGUCAGAAUUAUUCCAAAUAAAAUGGACA